ACAUGAUGUGACCUGUCAAUUGAAACUUGGCGCCUUUUAUUAGUAAACAGUGCGUUUUUAAAUGUUUGUGAAUCUCGUAUUUUUGUGUUAACUGAUAAGUGAAUUUCGUGAUUUAGUUCUUCGUACAAAGAAAACAAUGUCGAUAACUCAUCCGGUAGAAGCUCUAAAUUUAGAUUUUAAGCAACAACGCCUUUUUGUAAAUUUCUUCAACAAUCUACCAGAGAAACCUUCGUCUACCUUGCGCUUUUUCAACCACACGGAUUACUACACUCUCCACGGUGACGAUGCCACGUACGGUUCGAACUUCACCGGAAGCAUCAUCAAAUACAUGGGUGAAGACCCGCAGUUGUCGUAUGUGGUUUUGCGGAAAACCCAGUUUGAGAAAUUCGUGCGAGAACUCUUACUAGUAAAACAGUAUAGAGUGGAAGUGUACGUCAAAGCUGCUCCCAAUAAGAUCUCGGAAUGGAAUUUAGAAUACAAAGGCUCUCCUGGGAAUCUCUCCCAGUUUGAAGAAGUCCUCUUCGAAAACGCUGACAUCACCUUCAGCAAUUACGUCAUGGGGGUGAAGAUCGUGAAAGGAAAGGUUAUUGCAGUAGCGUGCGUGAAUUCCACAGAGUUGAAGUUCCAGGUGUGUGAACUGAACGAUAAUGAGUGUUUUACGGAGUUGGAGGCUCUGAUCGCACAGGUUGGUCCCAGGGAGUGUAUUAUUCCGCAAGGGGAGACCCCAGAUCUGGUAGAAUUAAAGAAAGUAUUAGAGCGCAAUAGCGUGUUAGUCGCGAAAGUGAAGCGUUCGGAUUUUUCACAAGAGAACGUAAUCCAAGACCUGGAUCGUCUUCUCUUCUUCCACGAAGGGCAACAUCGAAGCUCUUUGAGUUUCCCAGAAACGAAACUAAGUGACGCUUUGGGUUGCUUGAAUGCUGUUAUUAAGUUUCUCAACCUGACAGGAGACGAACAGAAUUUCAACCAGUUUAAAAUUAGUAGCGUUGAUAUUCACCGAUAUGUUAGACUCGAUAACGCGGCUUUAUUUUCUCUCAAUAUUCUGCCAAAACCUGGAACUGUAGCCGUAGAAGACAGCAUGCUUUUACCAAACAAAUCGAAGUUGUUUUGUUUGAAAGGAAUUCUAGACCGUUGCGUUACCAACCAAGGGCGACGAUUGUUAGAACAGUGGAUCAAACAACCCUUGAAAGACAUAAAUCUGAUCACUGAAAGGCACGAUAUUGUUGAGUGUUUUGUGAAGGACCCCCAGAUCAGGCAACAACUACAAACUGAGGUGUUGACGCGUCUUCCAGAUUUGCUUCUUUUGUCGAAAAAAAUUUCCAGCAAAAAAGGAAGCCUUCAAGAUUGCUACCGCGUUUACCAAAUCGUGGGUGCCGUACCAAAAUUGAUAACAAUUUUGAAAGAAAUCGGUAAUCCUUGUAUUAAAUCCGCUUUGAUUCACCCUAUUGAAGAAAUCAGAAACGACUUGGAAAGAUACCAGAACAUGAUUGAAGAACUUCUCGACUUGGAUUUAGUCGAGCGCGGAGAAUUCCUAGUGAAGCGAAGCUUCAGCCCCGACUUGGACGAAAUCUUUGAAAAUAAACAACGCAUUGAAGAAAAAAUGCAAAAGUUGCUGCGGAACGCCGCGAGUGAUUUAGGUUUCGAAGAAGACAAAACAAUCAAGUUGGAGUGUAAUGACCAACAUGGCUACUUUUUCAGAGUUACGUUGAAGGAAGAGCACGCUUUGAGGUCGAAUUCGCGAUAUAAGAUUCUAGAUGCUGUUAAAGGUGGCGUGAGGUUCACUAAUGAUAAACUAAUGGACUUAAAUUCGGAUUACUCUGAGGCGAAAGCAGCCUACGAAGAACAACAAAAGGGGAUAAUUACGGAAAUGUUUGACGUUGCUGCCGGCUAUGGUGAUAGUUUGAGGAAUUUGAACAUAUAUAUCGCACAAGUGGAUGUUCUUUUGUCUUUUGCUAACGUAGCAGUGUGGGCACGAAUUCCAUACAUAAGACCCAAAUUGCAUGAAGCUGGUAAAGGUUCGUUUAAGUUGGAGAAAGUGCGACAUCCUUGCAUCGAACAACAAGAACAUGUUUCUUUCAUCCCUAAUAGUGUAGAGUUUAAUCACAACGACAAAACCUUGCAUAUUAUCACCGGUCCGAACAUGUGCGGUAAGAGCACGUAUAUACGAAGUAUAGGAGUUUGUGUUCUGAUGGCUCAGAUUGGAUGCUUUGUUCCUUGUAACUAUGCGGAAAUCCCUCUGGUAGACGCCAUUUUGGCGAGAGUAGGAGCCGAAGACUCUCAGUUGAAAGGGUUGUCUACGUUUAUGAUGGAAAUGAUCGAAACGGCUACUAUUAUCAAGAGCGCUACGGAAAAUUCUUUGGUGAUUAUCGACGAGCUGGGAAGAGGUACUUCAACGUACGAUGGGUGUGGUCUUGCUUUUGCUAUAGCUGAGCACUUGGUCAAAGAAGUGAGAUGUUAUUCACUGUUCGCUACCCACUUUCAUGAAAUUACAAGAUUGGCGGAGAUGCACCCGAGGGCUAGUAACAAACACGUUACUGCCGUUACUACCGAAAACACUAUCACGCCUUUGUACCAAGUACGAGAUGGGGAGUGCGAUAAUAGUUACGGUGUCCAUUGCGCACGAAUGGCCGAAUUUCCCGAUGAUGUUAUAAAGUCUGCAGUCGAACACCAAAAUAAAUUAGAACAUUCGGCAGGAACACACAUCAUCAAAGACUACGAACAAUCUCUGAAACGUCAGAUAAUAAAAGACGGCGACAAAGUCAUCGAAGACACUCUUGAAAAAGUUAAGUCUUUGAAUGUCGAGAAGAUGAGCGAUGAAGACCUCUUCAAAGAAAUAAGUAAACUUAAAACGGAACUUCAAGAAUCAGACAACCUUUUUAUUAAAGGGUUGCUAACAUAAUAAUUUUUAAUAAAGUUAGUACUCUGGACUGCA